UGUGAGCCAGACUGACACGUAACAAUCCUGCGUAAAAUUAAAGGAAGAAGCUGCAUCUUUUCCUCAAGUUGCCUCUGGAUGCUCCACUUCGAUGUGGAGUUGAGCUGUCCCAGCCCAGAGGCCUGUUUGGACUCCUUUAAAGCGACCGAAGCAGGACUGUCGGACAGAGAUAUCCGACGCUCAAGAUGAGAUUUUCGCUGUUAAUUUCUGUCCUGCGGUCGGUUGGCCCCGUGAUCAUCGGUAUUUCUUUAGGCUUUACGUUGAGUUUACUGAGUGUAAGCUGGUCGGAAGACGCGUGUUCUCCUGACGGUAAGGAAGGGCAGGAUGUUUCUUUAGGUCAGGAUGGACUGCUCAAAGGAGCCAGAAAGCCCAACUCUAUUUCUGCUGUCAACGAUGUGGAGUCCGAAGAGGAUUUUGAACCAAGAAUAGUCCCAUACAAACAGGUCCAACCGAGCGCCCCCAAAAAAGUUUUCAGGGCUAAAUACAUAAGCACAGAGUUGGGGAUGCGGGAGCGUCUGUUUGUCGGGGUCCUGACCUCCAAAAACACCAUUAACACCUUAGGUGUAGCUGUGAAUCGCACCAUCAGCCAUCAUCUGGACACUGUGAUCUUCUUCACUGGAUCGCGCAGCCGCAAAGUCCCUCACGGCAUGUUUGUGGUUUCUCAUGGAGACGAGAGACUGAUCUGGAACAUGUUCCAGACCAUCAAAUACAUUUUAGAGCAUUACAUCAAUGAAUACGACUGGUUCUACUUUGUCCAAGAUGAUACUUACACUGAAGCCGACAGGAUCAAAGUCCUGGUGGAGCAUUUGAGUAUGGAUCGAGAACUUUACAUGGGCAAGCCGGAGGAGUUCAUAGGAGGGGAGAUGGAAGGGAGGUACUGCUACGGAGGGUUUGGGUACCUCCUGUCACGUAGCUUGCUCCUACGACUCCAGUCCUUCCUGGAAAACUGUAGGAAUGAUAUCCUGAGCGCCAGACCCGAUGAGUGGCUUGGAAGAUGCAUCAUUGAUUACACCAGCAUAAACUGCGUUGGUGACUAUGAGGGACUUCACUACCACCAUUAUGAGCUGGCAAAAAACUCCGAUCCAAGCAAAGAAUACAGCGAACAGUUUAAGAACGCCCUGACCGUCCAUCCAGUGUCUGACCCUGAGCAGAUGUACCGCCUGCACAGAUACUUCACUGAGAUUGAACUCCAGAAGACUUAUGAUGAGAUUGCUAAGCUGCAGGCAGAAAUAAAGAAUGUGAGUGUGGUUGCUUUUGAGGGCAACCGAAGCGCCCAGUGGCCGGUGGGGAUCAAUCCUCCUUUUGAACCAAAGUCUCGGUUUGAAGUUCUGAAGUGGGAAUACUUUACAGAGGAGGAGAUUUAUUCGUGCAUCGAUGGCUCUCCAAAGUGUGAGCUGCGUGGCAUUGACCGUGUGGAUGUGGUGGAUGUCAUUGACACAGCCAUAGGAGAGCUGAACAAGAAGUACAUGCCCACCUUACACUUGAAGAAGCAGCAGCUGAUUAAUGGCUAUAGACGCUUUGACCCCAUUAGGGGGAUGGAGUACAUCUUAGACCUUCAGCUGGAGGUUGUUAAUCAGAAAGGUCACAGCCGCUCCAUCACAAAGCGGGUUCAUCUGGUGCGACCUUUGAGCCAGAUAGAGAUCAUUCCCAUGCCAUAUGUCACUGAAGCUACAAGGGUCCACAUUAUUAUACCGCUUACCCUGCAGGAUCGGACCUAUGUCGACCACUUCCUCGAAGUCUUUGCCUCAAAUGCCUUUGAGACCAGCGAAAAUGCAGUCCUAACGUUCUUGUUUAUAUAUGACCCAGUGGAGGCACAGCAAGUUAGCCAGAAUGAUAUAUUUGCCAGUGUGAAGUCUCAGAUAAAUGUCUAUGAACGCAAAUACCCCACAGUGAAAAUCCCGUGGAUCAGUGUUAAGACGGAAACGCCAUCCCAGAUUAAAUUCAUGGACAUCAUCUCAAAGAAGCACCCUGUCGACACGCUCUUCUUCCUGGCCGAAGUCCACACGAACAUCAAUUCAGAGUUUCUGAACCGCUGUCGCAUGAAUGCCAUAAACAAUUGGCAGGUAUUCUUCCCCAUUCAUUUCCAGGAGUACAACCCCGAUGUAGCCUAUCACAACCAGCCACAUCCAGCCACAGCUGAUCUGGUCAAGGACGCAGGCCAUUUUGACCGCAGGUCGUUUGAAGAAGCAUGCUUUUACAACUCGGACUACAUGACGACGCGUAGUCGAAUGGUGGCGGAUGUCCAGGAAAAUGAGGAGAUUCUAGAGAGCCUGGAUAUCUAUGAAAUGUUUGUAAAGUAUUCAGGUCUCCAUGUAUUCAGAGCAAUAGAGCCAGCAUUACGCCAGCUAUACCAUUAUGAAGCCUGCAACCCAAGACUCAGUGAGGACAUCUAUCACAGAUGUGUUCAGGGCAACUUGGAGAGUCUCGGUUCUCGCUCCCAACUCGCCAUGCUACUUUUUGAGCAGGAACAAGGAAACAGCACUUGAAAAAGGUACCAGUUAAACCUGCACAUGUAUGCUAAAAUAACCUUUUGAUCCAGGCUUGAAUUUAGGGUGAAAGGGGCAACCACCCUGAAGUUGAAUUUUAUCUUUUCCCAAAAUACAACCCAUGUUUAGGGGUGUUGUUACUCAGGUGACUUCACCUGAUUGUUUCCAUCUUCCUGUGUGCAUCAAGGGCAGUUUGGUUUCCUUGUGCUCUUAGCUAGUUUGGAUAUAUGAAUGCGAUACACUCCCAAUGAAACUUGUUUUUUUUUUUGUUUUUUUUACAUAGUUUUUUAUAAUUGCGUCAAGCAGGCUUUGACCACUAGAGGGCAGAAACUUAGCAGAAUUUACAUGAUUCUUGUGGUUAUGACGUCCACUGUACAUCAUUAUUCAGUGGGAUUUAUAAUCUUUAUUUUUGCUUCAUGAACUCUUGGAAGUAGUACUUUGUAUUCAAAAUUGUCAAGACAAGCUUGUUUGAGCUAAUGUGCUGGCUACAGCUGCUCAAACAAAGGAACCAAAACAAACUGCGAAACGUAAUGUUUUUGCUUUUUCAGUGGGAAUGUCCUUUUUAAUUUAAUGUUUAUAUCAAAUGCAUUUUAAAGCAGAGCUGUCUAGUAUUAAUAUUAUUUUGUUUUUUUACCGGCAGUUUACGUGUCCCUUCACACAGGGGCACUGAAAUGUUGCACUUCUGAUAUUUACUGAUUUUGAGUAUUUACCAAAGUGCAUCUUUGCAUAUGUGCCUUGACAAAAAUGACUCCAUGA